AUGAAAAAGAAGACCAAAUAUAGCCACGGGGGCUGUAAUGAAUGCAAAAAGAGGAGCAUUAAAUGUGAUGAGACUAAACCGAAGUGUCGUCAUUGCUCCCGGAAGGGUCAUGAAUGUGUUUAUUCUUAUGAUAUAUUCGUUUACCAACCGAAUAAGAGGUUCAAAAGGUCUGACACUCGAAAAACGAAGAAGGAGAUAAUUCAGCAAGUAUCAAAUACCGGGGAUGUACUAUCGAGCAUGCAACCUUCGGAUUAUGCUAUUACACGAAGCAUCAGGAAGUUUCAGGAGGCAUUCUUAGAAGAGAAUCACUUUGCUGAAAGACCUACCAUUGAUGACAACGAAGCCUCCAUCCCUUUGCCGCUGAAUUUUGAAAUCCUCUUGAAUUCGAAACCCAAGACCUAUACUGUACCUUCAUUCGUGGAAAACUGGGUCUUCGAAUUUGAAAUCGAUGAAUACAAUAGAAUCUUCAAUAAAGUUAUUGGAAAGCGAAGCAAACCAUACACAGAUUAUUUUGAUGAAAACGAUCCGGAUGUUCAGUUAUUGAUAUGGCUAACUUUCACUAAAUCAAAGUCAAUAUAUAACUAUUCGUUGGUCAUCGAUGACAGCAAAAACUAUAUUUCAAAAUGGUUUUUCUUUUUUGCUAGGCUGUAUCCUAUCGUAGGAUACGUAGUGAAUGCAGUUACCGCUAAUCUAUUUUGUGUUAAGGAAAAAGAUGCUAGAUGGGAUUUUGUUAGGCGAAGAACAAUGCAAAGUGCUCUUGAUAUCUUAUCAUGUGGAGUCUACGAUUGUCAUUCAUUUGAGGAGAUGACAUGUUAUUUAAUGAGUACAAUGUUCUUAUUUUCAGAAAGGUCAGCAAAGAAAACAGACACUUGGAGGUUACAUUUGACUGGAGCUUUGGGAAUUUUGCAGAAAUGUGAGCUUAUGCUUUCUUCUUCUGAAUUUUUCAAGGAAGAUGAAAUGGUUUUGCACAUGUAUUCAUUUGCUAAGAAUUGGUUUAUAACGGCAGAAACUACGGCAUGUCUUUCAGCACCAAAUGGUGGAUCUAUCAGAAAUAUAUCAGAAGCUUCUACAAUUCUUUCUUACUCAAGAGAAAUUGAAGAAGAAGGUUUUAUUUAUGCUGGCUUCAAUUUAUUGAAAUGCUAUUCUCAAAGCUUGACUCCAGUAUUCGUUGAGCUCAUAAAAAUCUCAAUGGAUUUAAGAGCUCGAGGAGUCACUUUGAGUGGUGCAUCGGGGAUAUUACACGAUUUGCAAUUGGAUCAGAGUUACAAGGAAAAAGCGUUCGAGUUAUUACAAAUCGUGGAUCUAACUGAAACUUCAAAAAUGGACGUCUUCAAGAUUGACGAUAUCAAGAAGCGUGCUCGCAUGAAAGCUUGCAAUAUAUGUCACUGCAAUGCUUUAAGAGCAUAUAUUUAUGCAGUUCUACUUGAUGAACCCAUAUAUGGAAGAGCAAUUCAAGAAUGUGUACAGACAAUCGCAGAACAAUUACUAUCUAUAGCAGAUAUAAAAUACUAUGGGCUCGCGGUGCAUUGGCCAGUAUUCAUUGCAGGCAUGUGCUCUCCUCCAGGCUCACAUAGGCGAGCAUUUAUAGAUACGUUGAAAAUAGUCACAAGCAAUGGUACAUUCGUAGCAAGAAAUACCAUAGAGAGAUUAGAACGAGCAUGGCUUUCUAUUGAUAAUGGAGACAUCAUUAAUGAAGAAAAUUACGAUUGUAUUGCCUGCUAA